AUGAGUAAUGCUGAUUAUCUGAAGAAAUAUUUAAGUAAAAAUUACGGUAAAGAUGGAAAAAAGAGUAAGAAAAAGAAAAAUGUAGCUAAGGGAAACAAUAAUCGUUGCAAGAUAAUUGAUGACGAUUCUGACUGGAAGCGAACUACUGCCGGUGAUGCAAACCAAGAAGAUAUCGAAGAUGUUAUGGAUGAUGCGCCAACGGUUGUCGAUAUGGAUGAAAUCAAGCCGGAUCCUAAUAAAUAUUGGAGGCAAGAAAAUGAAAAUCCAUUAACUACUGAUAGAAAAUACCAAAACGUUAAUAGUUUACGAAAAUCUGGUAAAGAUUUUUCGACAAUACCGAGAAGAAAAAUGAAGCAUGAUACAUCGAAUCAAUCGCUUCGUCCUAAAACUCUACAACGUGAUUCCCCUGAUUUAUCACCCCCCAGAAAAGGAUAUCAUGAUUCACCAGAUAGAUCACCCCCUCGUAGGAAAGAACGUCAUGGCUCACCGGAACUAUCACCUCCUCGUAGGAAAGGACGCCAUGAUUCAUCGGAUCUAUCACCCCCUCGUAGGAAAGGACGCCACGAUUCACCAGAUCUAUCACUUCCACUUAGGAAAGGACACUAUGAUGCACCAGAUCUAUCACCUCCUCGUAGGCGAGGACGUCAUGAUUCACCAGAUCUAUCACCUCCUCGUAGGCAAGGACGUCAUGAUUCACCAGAUUUAUCCCCUCGUAGGAAAGGACGUCAUGAUUCACCGGAUUUAUCGCCUCCUCGAAGGAAACAACGUCAAGAUUCACCUGAUCUAUCACCUCCUCGUAGGAAAGGACGGCAUGAUUCGCCUGAUCUAACACCACCUCGUAGAAGAGGCCGUCAUGAUUCACCUGAUCUAUCACCACCUCGUAGAAGAGGCCGUCAUGAUUCACCUGAUCUAUCACGACCUCGUAGGAGAGGACGCCAUGAUUCACCUGAUCUAUCAUCACCUCGCAGGAAAGCUGGUCGUGACUCACCCGAUCUAUCACCACCUCGAAGGAAAAAUGCUGAUAGAAAAUCAAAAAUGAAUCAAGAUUCUAAACCAACAAUUACCAAAAAGGCUGGACUUCAAUCAGCAACAGUAUUGAAAGAAGAAAAUGAAUUUAGGCGUAAAUUAGAAGAUAAACAAUUUGAUGAAAUGGAUGCCACAGUAAGUGGUAAAGGAGCUAAGACGACUUACAGGGACAAGCAUGGCAAGAUACGUGAUAUAAAAAAGGAAAGACUCCAAAUGAGAGAAGAACGUCGUAAAAGGGAAGAAGAAGAGGAAAAAUUUAUGGAAUGGGGAAAAGGCAUGACACAAAAAAAAUUAGCUGAAGAAAAACUUGCCGAUGCUGCGCACGAAAUAAACAAACCUUUCGCUAGAUAUGCAGAUGAUGCAGAUUUAGAUCAACAACAACGUGAGGCCGAAAGAGAUGGAGAUCCAAUGUUAGAUUACAUCAAAAAGAAGAAAAAUAAACGUCUAGGAGGCAAAAUUAAAGAAAAGCCAAAAUACAAAGGGCCUUUACCUCCACCAAAUAGAUUCAAUAUAAUGCCAGGAUAUAGAUGGGAUGGUGUUGAUAGAUCAAACGGUUUUGAAGGCCGAAGAUUCAAGAUAAUCAAUGAAAAGAAAUCCCUCCAGCACGAGGCCUAUAAAUGGAGCACUGAAGAUAUGUAG